GUUCUGCUCGCGCUGCUCGACUGACGACCUCUGAACAUCGCCCUCCCUCAUCUUCAUCGCCAUCUCCUCUCUCAUCACGCUCGACGCAGCGCAGCGGGCGAGACGCCAUGUCUCGCAACAACCCCGCCUCGUCCCGCUUGAAGAUAUCUAAUCCCACUCUCAUCUCCACCACCUCCCAAGCUGCCCAAUCCUCAAUCCCCGACCUCGACCGCGGCGCACCCCUCGGCAUAGGCCAAGUAUGGAACGGGAACCAGACCGUACCCGGGCCCUCUCCUUCUAGAAAUGGGAACGGGGAGGUGCGCUCCCCGCCGGCGCGCUCCCCUCCUCCCGGCUCAUCGCCACUCCCCACUUCCCCAUCCCGCCCAGCUCGAUCCAGGGCGCGCGGCACGCCGGAGGAGACACUCAUUCCGCCGGCCCGUGCGCAAAUGCAACCCAUCUCCACACGCUUCAGUGUCAUGAGCAACGGCGAAGAUGAGCCCUUAAGCCCCGAGGUCCCCGCCCCACGAGGAGGGGGGGAUCCAUGGGCUGCGGACCGCGCGCAGCGAACCGUCGCGCGCCAGCAGACGAAUGAUACGGCGCAGGCCGCCGCGCUUCGCACUCCGGUGUCGGCUGGCGGGAGUGCAGGUGCAGGCGGCGGUAACGCUCUCCGCAAUGCGGCGGCGGCGUUCAUGGCCGCUAGUAAGCAGAAUCGUACGGAACCCACGCGGAGGCCACCACGAGCAAAACGCACACAACCUAGCAAGGAAGACUGGGAUGACAUUGUCGGCACGACGGGUGGCCGUUUUGCUGAGAUUGAUGCGGUUAUGCGCCAGAUCCGCCGUGACUGGCCGUUCAUCGUGGACGGAGAUUUCUCGCCCUCCUCACUGGCGCUCUCCUUGCUUGCGUCUGAUGGAGAGCAAGGAAGCGCAGAACAUCCCGACCUCCAGUCGUUCCUUAAGGUGCACGCGGCGCUGUCGGGCUCGCUUCAGAAGGCCGUGCAGUCGCACUUCCAGACGUUUGCCGCUUCGCUUCCCACACAUUCCAACUUUGUCGCCACACUCGAGCGUGCGCAGGCCCAGGUCAAGACGUCGAGAGAAGGUCUCAAAGAGGCGCGAGAGGGUAUUGGAGCCAAGGGCAAGGCUGAGCUGGCGUCCAUUCGCACCCGAGAACGAAUGGUGAAGGAGAUGCUGCAGAUCCUUGACUUGGUGGAGGAGCUCAAGCAGGUGCCUGAGCAACUCGAAAGCUGCUUAGCCGACAAGCGCUUCCUGCAGGCUGCGUUGUUGCUGCAGAGAAGCAUCAAGACAGCUAACCGUGAGGUGCUCCACGAAGUCGGCGCGCUGUCCGAUCUCAAGCAGUACUUCCACACCCAGGAGAACACAUUAACGGACAUACUUGUCGAGGAGCUUCACAAUCAUCUCUACCUCAGGGCGUUCAACAGUGACGGCCGAUGGAAAGCGUAUACGCCUGGUCAGGAAAGCCUUCCCGUCAUUUCCGUCAACGGCGAGCAGGUGGCUGAAGAGGCGGAAGAAAAAAAGGCCGACUCGCGGUUCUCGACCUAUCUCGCGUCACUUGCCGUCAAGCCCAAUCAUGAGCCAAUACUCAACGAGAUAGCUGCCAAUUCCCGUCAGGCGAGGACACCAAGUCAGAUCGCCAACACCACAUCGAUCACGUCGAUUUCGUCGCUCGCUGCUCAUGAGCCAAUGGGAGGCGAGUUUGACACCUUCGGCUACAUGGAGAUGAUCCUCGAGGCGCUCGCCGCGAUGGGAAGACUUGGCUCUGCCCUCGACACUGUCGUUCAGCGCGUGCCGGUCGAGAUUCACCAGCUUAUCGACGCGACAACUGACGAAGUUGCAGAGCGCGCCGAGCAGCGUUCCGAGGAGAUGGCUGCGGCCUCAGGUCCCCGCCCGCAGAGCUUGCUGCUUGCAGAGAAGCAGGAUCUCGAAAGCAUGCCUCUGUUCCAGAACGACACGUUGCGCGUCGUCGUUUCUCUGGACGCCAGUGGGCCACCCAAGCAUGCGGUGGUUCUUCGCGAUCUCUUCUGGACGCUGUACUCAAAGAUUGCUGCCGUUAUGGAGGGUCACCGCACCUUGUACGAGGUCGUCAAGUGGAUCGCGUCGCGUCGCGACUUCAAGGACAUGACCAAGACGGAUCUGAACCUCAAUGCACCCGUGCUCGAGGUCUUGCGUCCCAUCCAGCAGGAGGUACGCCAACUGUUGCAAACGUACCUCGAGGACAACUCGCAGGCCUCAGUGCUUAUUCACAACGCGAUUCCCAGCAUCAAUGAGAUCCUGCGCGAAGGCAAACUUGUGCGCGACAAGCAGCGCGAUCUCUUCAAAUUUGGUGACUCGGACCAGCGUGCGGUCAACAACGAGAUUCAGGAGGUCGACGAUGGUCUCAAGCAGACGCUUCGCGCGUCUGUGCCAGGCCUGAUAAAUCUCCAGGCUGGCGAGCAUGUCGCCGUGCUCAACGGCACCCACGUCAACCCUGACGACCGCUAUUCAGUCUCGGGCAAGCACCGCACCCUCAUCCCUGCGAAUCCCUUUAACGUCACCAUUCUCUUCCAGCCCACUCUUUCUCUCAUUGAUCGCGCGACUGCCAUUGUUCCCCAUGGCUUCGAAGAAGAGAUGUCGCAGUUCGGAACGGUGCUGGAGGAGUUUGUUGAUGACGUCUUCCUCCCUCAGCUGGAUGAGAAAGUCAACGCAUCGUUCCAGCACGCAGUGUCUGGGCAUGACGCUUUCCAGCUGGACCGCCGCACGUCCUUACGCACGAGCGCCGACGUCAAGCCACCGCUCAAGUCAACUGUACGCGUUAUGGCUCUCAUUCAGGCACUGUGUGCCAUGCUGCAAGAGACGCCAUUCCACCGCGAGCGCUAUUCCCGUCUCAUUGUCGGCGUGGUCGCCCAAUAUUACCAGCAAUGCAGCGCUCGCUUUAAGGAUCUGGUGGCCCUGCCACCAUCCGUUCAGGCCGCCCCGGGCACACUGGCCCUCCCGGCUGUCUGGAGCCAACGCGAGGAUAUGUCCAGCGCGUUGCAGCAUGUGCGCACGGCUGCGCCUGCUAACGCGCGUGAAAGCGAGGGCGUGGGGUUGAAGGAGGUCAAGCUCGAGAUGGCUCUGCUUAACGACAAGCCGCCCCCCGAGUCUCAUCUGAUCAACUCCUCUCGCCGCCUUGAAUCGCUGGGUAACCUCGCCCACUCAGUACGGUGGUUCAUGAACGCUCUCCUGGAUCUGCAAGAGUUGAGCGACGAAGCAACGAUCGACAAGCGCACCGAGCGCGAGCCGGGGCAGACGCCCAAGCUGCCCCUGACUCAAGCGAUGGCGCAGCGCUUCGAGGCCAUAGUGCAGACCUACGAACAGCUCAUUGAGGGCGCACUGAAUACGCUUCACCUCGAAGUGCGCUGCCGUGUGCUUUGUAACCUUUAUGCCUCACUGCAGCGCUCUGAGUACUUCCUCGAGUCGGAGGCGCUGGAGCCUGACCCGGACGUGGUCGACCUAAACACGACGCUGAUGGAGAUGGACGACAUUGCAUCCAAGACGCUGUCAGCGAAUGAGCAUGACUUUAUGUUCCGCGGUCUUGCGCUUCUCAUCAACCACGUCUUCAUCCACGCCGCACGUCAGGUGAAACGCGUGAACGCAGCCGGAGCGCGCAAGCUUCGUCGCAACAUCCUAUCGCUGCAGCAGACGUUGCGAGGCAUCGUCAGCUCUGGCCUCGAGCACGAAGGCAUGCUCUCACAUGCCAUCGAGUACUGGGAUCUCUUCGAGAAGGGGCCCAAACGAAUGCUCGAGAGCAUACGCACGCGCAAACCGGCAUUCUCGUUUGAGGAUUACAACGCCAUGCUCGCCCUCCAGUGCCGCGCGGAUGGCAAGGACGGCGAUGAUCUGAACGCGUACCUCAUCGACUUGCAUGCGUUGGCAAUGAGCGUCGAAGGGUGGGAUGUAGCGUAGAGGGGCGCAGCUCAAACUAAUUAGACGCGCCAGGAGCGCUGUGUAUGCACUUGUAACACUAGGA